AUGACGGCUGAAAGAAUCAGUGAACAACUUCAUGAAAACGGAGACUAUGAAAGACUGGCUAAUGAGCUAGAAUACAAAUUGGAGACUUGUGGAUGGGCGUCGCAGUUGCGAGAUUACACAAGAGGUAUUGCGCGAGGAAAUACAGGCAUUGACUUUAAAAAUUUGUAUGAAAUUACUCUAAAUACCGCAACCGAAAGUAUACCCGAUACAGUAAAAAUGGGAAUGAUUAAAGACAUCAAGUCUAGUGUUUUAAAAUUGGCAUCUCCAAAUGAAGCUACGGAAAAUCAAAAAACAUAA